AUGCCACCAAAACGCAAACAACGCGGAUCCGUUUCUUCAAAAGGUCUCGCUUUUGGAGACGACCUCACGAGGAUCGCGCCUCUAAAGGAUAGCACUUUGCCAUGGUCCUGGGUUGGCACUGAGAUUACUGACGUGGUUGACAUCACGCUGGAACAUCUUCUCUCGACUUGUGGGCUCUCGGAAAGGAAUUGUUAUCCCCAUUGUCCUAAUAAGUAUACGUUCUUCAAGAAUGUCGAAAUGAAAGGACUCAGUUCCAGCGCGGAAGGGGAAAUCGAAGACGACGUGAUUGUCAUAUCUGACGACGACGCGCCACCAUGCACUAAGAAGCUAUGUAGGGCGAAUCCGAAUUGUUUGAAUUAUUUGGGGCAGGAAAAAUGGGAAGAAGAGGAGGACGCUCGGGAGUCGUUUAUCGCCUCAGCCAAUUUAGGCAAAAAUCCGAUGCUUGAUUCUCGAGAUCCUGACUUGCCAGUUGGCCUGAGGGUAGGACUUUUGCUUGACAAAAGAAAUCUGACUUUUCUCAGCAUACAGAAUCUCGGUGCUACAUGUUACGCCAACGCUUCACUACAAGUGUGGUAUCGAGAUCUCGCCUUUCGUGAAGGUGUAUACCGCUGCCAGCCACCAGAUGGAACAGAAGACAGGUUUAUCGAAUCGCCCAUCUUUCAACUGCAAGUAACAUUUGCGGCGCUCCAGAACGGCAAUCAAAGCGUUUUCAACCCUGCUAAGCUUGUCGAAAGCCUUCAACUUCGUACGUCUGAGCAACAAGAUGCUCAAGAAUUCUCAAAACUUUUCAUGUCCCAUCUCGACGCCGAGUUCAGGAAGCAGUCCAUGCCCUCGGUGAAACAUCUCGUGACGAAUCAAUUUCAAGGACAACAGGUUUACGGAACCAUUUGUCACGCCUGCCGCUCACGCUCAGAAAGAAUAACUGAUUUCUUGGAGAUCGAGAUCAACUUUGACAGCAACAGCAGACUUGAGGAUCGCAUGGCUACCUCCCUUCUACCAGAAACACUCGUCGAUGAAAAUCGAUAUUUUUGUUCACAGUGCAAUGAGUUGAAAGAUGCUACACGCUACACGGAACUCCGCCAAUUGCCGCAUGUUCUUCAUUUUUCCUUGUUGCGCUUUGUCUAUGACUUUUCUUCAAUGGAACGAAAGAAGUCGAAGCAUUCAAUUUCUUUUCCGACCAUCCUCGACAUGUCUCAAUUUCUUGGCAACGAGAAUGACAGAAGCCAGGCUGCUACUUCUAAUGGUGGGCAUAAGAGUAACAUCUAUGAAUUGCGCGGCAUCCUUUUGCAUAAAGGUGCAAGUGCUUAUCAUGGCCACUAUGAGGCCCAGGUUUAUGACCCAGAAUUACAGUCAUGGUUCCAGUUUAGUGAUGAGACCGUGACGAGGAUCAAGUCGCUCGGAGACAAAAUAGUAGAAAAGAGAUCUGAAGUAAACGGUCGCCGAUAUGUUGACGAAAAACAUAAGGAUCAGGCUCGAAGGAAUCGAGCGAAUGCACGAAAAAGGCGCCGGGUAUGCGAUAGCGACGAAGAUGCUAUAGAGUGUGUCUCGGGUUGUACCAAUGGUCAACCUUCAACUCCUCUCAGGCCUAACGUGAUGGUGUCGGGGACGUCAUCGUCAGCGGUGGCAUCGUGCGACGACAGCAACACCAUCACGUCCAAGGAUGCCUACAUGCUUAUUUAUACCAAGAAAGAACUCGGUGAAAAAGUGAACGAGUCUGUCGCUGUCGCAUCGACACGUAUCAGCACUCCCUGCCCUCCUAGUUGGGCCGUUGAUGCUGUUCGUUUAUUGAAUGCCGCUCAUGAAGGUGCAUGCGAAAUUUUUGAGAGCAGGGAGAAGCUGGCCAAGAAACGUUUCCAGGAUGCAAGAAAAAAGGUGAUGGACGUCUAUCGCACAUGGAAUACGCUGCGACCUACGAUGGACUCCCUUAUCAUCGGUCAGGAGGCGUUAGAGGAAUGGCUUUCGAAGGCUUCUGUCGAGACAGGGCUCGGGCCUGCACUUAUUGAGCAAGAUACUGAAGACCCUGAAUUAGACCCCGAAUUAGUUGGUUCAAGUCCUCAGAUUCAAAAAGUGAUAUCAAACCGAGACAUCCUUUGCUGCCACGGCAAACUUGAUCCUAAUAAAGCAAGGGACAUGAAACGCAUUGCCAAGAAGGGUUAUGACGAAAUUGUCAAGAACACAUAUUGCCUUUUCGAUCCAACUCCGACGCCGUCUGAUGUAUGUGAGGAGUGUGUCGCCACGAUUUUUCGAGAACGCCUUUACCAGGUGCAGCACCCCGCCCUUGUCAGAGACUUCGACCGCAUCUCGGAUAUCCCUGAACAUUGUGAAGGGUUUUGGAUAUCUAAAAAGUGGUUGAAAGAUUGGAGGCUAUCAAUGCCCAGAAUGCAUGUUCCUUCGCAAGACGAUCCCCCUCCUGAUUCCUGUGACUUUGAUAAACAUGUUCGAUGUGAACAUGGCGGUUUGACGCUUAACACGACAAACCGUUGUAAAAUUUCCGAAGAGGCAGUAAAAUUGCUGCAAGUAUCAUUUCCUACGUGGAAUCCUACAUCAAGCGAUGCAGAAAUAUGUGCCGUGUGUGAUGCACUCAUACAUAUCUCCAAGGAGGAUAAGAAAGAAGGUCGACGACGGGCGGAAGAUGAGAAGGCAAUGCUAAAACACAUGUAUAACUCGUGGGCCAUAUUCCCACUAGCCUCAGAGAACACACCUUGCGCUGUCAUUCCUACUCCGUUCUACAAGUGCUGGAAACGUUGGGUGGACCAUCCAGCCGAGAACACCAGGCCUGAUACUGUGGACAAUGAGCCCUUUUUUUGCGAACACCGCCUUCUCAUAUUUGACCCCAACUGUCAAACUGAUGUGGAUUCAACCGUCACUGUUAUUCGACGUGAAGAAUGGGAUGCAUUGCAGAGAUUGUAUUCUGCAGGGCCUCUGAUUGACCUGGAACAGCAAAUUUGCGACGAAGAAGUUAAUUAUGGUCAUAGCAUCCUUGUUUGCUCAGACUGCCGCUUGAAGAGGAAGACUGAUUGGGAUAAUGCGGAGAUCAUUGUCCGAUUCUGUGGUUCCAAGACUGAGACCUCCAACAUCAAAGUCCCAUCCCAACGCAAGCCCAUUACGACUUACUCGUGUAAUGCUGGCGUGAGGCAGUCGAAACGACUUCGUCAGAUCAAAGAACAUGGCGAAAGACGGAGAUUCCCUGUUUCGAAAUCAACUUCUUUGAAGGAGAUCAAGAUCAUGAUCCAAGAGCAAUUCAAGAUACCAACUAUAUGCCAACGUCUAUUCCAUAAUGGUGUAGAAAUUCAUGAUAACGAGGCCACGGUGGGACACCUUCAAUUCCUCGCCGGCGAUAUCCUCGAUCUACAAGAAGCCAACGAAGUUAUCGAAAUAGAUUCUGAUUCCGAUGACCCCCCGGCCAGAAAGAAGCGAAGAGAGGAAGGGCAGGGUUUUAAUGGUACAUUGUUGAGCGGGAUGCCAAGCUCGCGUGAGGAUACACCCAUCUUGAUUCCCUUGGGAAAAGUAUGCUCAGCAUGCACAUUCUCAAAUACGGUUGAUGCUCUUUCAUGUACAGUAUGUGAUACAGUCUUUGGAUGA